AGAACGCUUACUCUCUGUGCUCCAAGGUGAUGAUCCUGAAGCCCAGGGUCGGGGGGAUGGUGCUGAUGUCCUCGCCGUUCAGCCUCUUCACGACGGUCGUCUUCCCCGCAUUGUCCAGACCUCUGCGCAAGCCAGGUACAUUUUGAAAAGACUUCAGACGAUAUCAGCACACGAUUCUUUCUCGUCCUCCACGUGCCAGUCGUUCUUCUUUUUAAGUUUGGCUUUUGGCGUCCUCGUGUGGCGAAGGUUGGCGUUACAGACAAGAAACGUCACGGCCUGACGAAACAAGGGGGCGGUGCAACAGCCUAUUCUUUGACUCCACUGGCUUUAAUAUAAAGAGAAACUGAAAGAGCAUGUCUGCUACGUCAUCUCGAGACAGCGACUGCACCUUCCCCCCAGUCCAAGUAUGGAGCGUGGCAUUGAGAAAAGCUGAAGGUUCGGUCCUGCGGUCCACCCUGAUGGUACCACCGAGACGUCAGGGCUCCCCACUGGAGAUGAUAUGUCCCCUCAUUUCAUGGACACCAGAAACGAGGCUACAUCGGGCUCUGAGCGAAAGAUCUCGGCGGGGUACAUGCCGGCCGGCAAAAGACGACUGAAGAACCGAGACGCCGCCCGCAAGAGCCGUAAAAAACAAACGGAGCGGGCCGAUGAACUCCACCAGGAGCUCCUGAGUCUGGAGGGUUUGAACUCUGCCCUCGAAAAGGAGAUCGAAGCCUUGAAAAAAGACGUCCGUCGCUACACCGCGGCGCUGGAGCGCCACCGGCCCUUUUGCGUCCUCCGAGGUGCCGACGGCGACCUCUGCCCUUCCGGUCUUACCUCAUUCGCUCCUCAUUCGGCGUCCAGCCGAGACGCCGACGCGGAAUUCCCCCAUUUGCCUUCCUCGCCCUUCUCCACGCUUCAUCCCGAAGACGUCCUCUCAGUCACGUCUGCACUUUUUCCCGCCGAAGGCCCGGGAACGCCUGCCGGUUUCGAGUGCCCUUUCGUAUCGGAGCAGGCCGACGGGAGGCCGAAGGAGUUGACGCCGUCGCUCGAGUCCAUUCUGGCGCCGCUUCCCGUCGCGCCCGGCACGCCGGACGACGUCUUCGCUCCGAACGCACCCUCGAUGAAGCCGUGCCCGGGUGAGCUGUCGCUGUCUGAGCUCCUGGAGGAGAAUGACUGGAUCCUGAGCGGGGUCAGCAGCCCGACCUCUCCGCAAGGGCACCAAAACGCGGUUGCCGAGGACUCAUUUUGCUGUCCCGCUUUGUGGAAAUAACAAAUAUAACAGCCCGAUGCCGCAUGGCAAACUCACGUAAUCCCCAUUCGUUCGUUCAUUUGCAUAUUUUAUAUAUUUAAUACCAAUGAGUAACACUCGCGAGCUAAUUUGUUUUGGGUGUAAUAUUUCAUUCAGCCUAUUAAUUUUAUUGCCUUUGUAAAGUAUUAUCGCACGGCAGCUGAUGUUGUCAAUGCAUUAACUAACCAAGAAUAAAAAAAACAAUACAUUUAAAGAAUUGCAUUACAUGAUUACAUUUAAGAAAAAAAUGAUACACUUUUUUUUUAUUUUAUUUUUUUACAUCCUGUGUGGGGGUGAAAGAUAUUACGUGAGGUACACAGUUUUCACGGGGACGUUUUGAUUGAUGGGUCAACGAGGGGGGCACCACGACAUUGCAGAUUUUGCUGUGAAACAAUUUUGUUUUGAAAUGAGUAUAUAUAUCAUAUAUACAUAUAUAUUAUAUAUGUGUAUGUGUGUGUGUGUAUAAAUAAUAAAAUAAAUAUGUGUGUGUGUGUGUAUAAAUAAUAAAAUAAGCGUUUCCAUUGUCGGAAAUACGAAAGAAAAAGACGAUUCGUGGUCACAGGGCGGCGCUACAUGGAAGGUCAAGUCUUGAAUUACUUCCGGUAUGCGUGUUGGCGGGAAAAUAGAUGUUCCAUACCCGUCGAUUUAAAAUUUCGGUCACGGCACACGAGCACGCCGACCGACCUUCACUUUAUUUUUGGAUUGUGACUAAAGGCAUAAAUGAACGGUUAAUAAAAAAAAUAUAUAUAUAUAUAUCCUUUUCGGCCAUUACGAUGUGAAGUGUGGCGCUAAUUGGAGACAGGUGUGCCAACAGGGAGCCACGAAAAAAAAAUCCUUUUCGGCCAUUACGAUGUGAAGUGUGGCGCUAAUUGGAGACAGGUGUGCCAACAGGGAGCCACGAAGGGCACGCAGGUACAUUAAUGGCCCCCAGCAGCAAAAUGGCGAGCGACUAAGCUGCGUUUUCUCACGCAAGCAAAUGGUUGCCGUUCGGCCAUGUUUGUAACAGUGGAAAGGAGCAGCGUGCAAGGAAAGGUUUGUACACGGGUUUGCUUGAGCACAGCAUGUUCACACUUCACUUUGGGUUGAGCACGUUUUUAUUUAGUUUAUUUUUUUUAAAUGGUGAUCAGCUCCUUCGUGUAAUUUGUUUUUGUUUUAAAAUUGCGAUGGCUUUGUGAAUAAAUGUUCGUUGUUUUAAGUGUU